AGGAUCAACGGCAGCUGCAGAAAUUACCAGCAUCAGGACUUACUUCUGCAGUUCAAGAACGCGAAAAUGCAACGAACUUUGACAUCGCCCCGUUUAUUUCAGUAAGUAGGAAGCAAGAACAAGAUCUACUGGCAGGCGACACCAUUUUGAGACACUCUCUCUUCUUCUGAUUUUUGGUCGACCCCUGAGUCGCCCGUACUGUUCAUGUAAGUGCCAGACCUCCUCUCUGUUUCUCGUCUAUUCAUCCAGAGGCCGAGCAUAAAAUUAUUUCGAUCAAGAACGAUUUAUGUACCAUGUUGUCUAUUUCGCCCCUACUCCUAGUUACACUUACACUUACACCUCUCCAUCAAUGAGCCCUGGCCUCUGAGGAGACCGAAAUCCAUGAUCAUGCCGUCAAGGCGGGUUUAGCCGGGACGCCCUUCCUAUUGUGCUAGCCUCAAUUUCCGAAUGAGUUCGCUGCUGUCCGGCGGAUCGGGGGCUCUGGCCUCCGUGAUCCAUGUAGUGGACGACUUGCGGGAUGUGGGCCUGCAGCAAAUCAUCUCGCUGCCACGCAUUGUCGUUGUCGGCUCGCAGUUAUGCUGAGAAGAUUCUGACGCACCCCGCGACUGUUGAUCCCGAUGACCACAAGAUAUGGAUUUGCUUGCAGUAGACUUAUUUUGCAAAAGAAUUCAUUUUCCUUACUGGUCGUCGCUUGUCGUAAGUGUGACCUCUACAACUGCGCGGGACCUCUGCAAGGAAAAAAAGGAAGAAAAUGCACAUGGUUGAUUCAGUAAGAUUUGUACAAGCACUUUAUUUUUUGUCAAGUGCGGAGUUGUUGUGAUGCACCAAGGCCAGGUGUGAGGCUAAAAGUAAAUAAACAAGAAGAGGGGAUCCGUGGCUGGAUGGGCCCAGUUUUUUUUCCUCUGCAUACCAUUCUUCCGGAAAGUCCUCUGUACUCGAAAGCAUUGUUGGGUACGACUUUCUUCCGCGCGGAGACGGUGUUGUGACGCGACGGCCCCUGGAGCUCCGUCUUGUGCAUAUCAGCGAUGCGGUGGCGGCGGAAGAGGGGUACCCAGCCUGGGCUGUGUUUGGCGGGGACCCCACAAAAUUUUACGACUUUGACAAAGUCCGGCAACACAUAGAGCUGCUCACCGACAAAAUAUGCGGCACGAACAAAGGUAUAGCUUUCGUUCCAGCGUAGCUUCGUGCAGGAUCGCGAUAUUUAUGCGGCACUAUGAGCACGAGAAAUUGAAAUUUGAAGUGUUGAAAGAAGACGCGCGUGGCUCUGCUCCACAAGAGCUAGAGCGCAGGCGCGCACUGCGUGCAAGAUAUUCAUAAAAGCGUGUGAUGCAGUGGCAGCUCUCGUACUUUUCCAGUCCUAUCUGCGCCGUAGUUGACACUAACUUUGUGUGAUUGUGAGCAUGCACCGAAAACCGUAUCAACAUGAAAGGUAUCAUUGAUGAUCCGAUCACGCUAACGGUGUACGGAAAAAAUGUGCCGGACCUCACUCUGAUCGAUCUCCCGGGGCUGACCAAAGUCGCGGCCGCCGGCAGUGACCAGACCGGCGACAUUGCGCGUGUGACACGAGAAAUGACUGAAAGGUACCGAUGUGAUUAAAAAAGAAGAAUGCAUCACAAACAUCAUGAUGUGCGCUAUGUUCAUUGCCGCGGUGAUGUUGACAUGCGAUAGUACACUGGUUGCGGUUGGCUGUAACUGUAUGAAAGAGAUGAAGCGCCAAGAACUAGUGCCCGAUCAUUGUUCUUGUGGAGAUGUUUAUCAAGUAAUAUAAUUGAUUCGGUCCACAGCCGCGAAGCGAUAAGGAAAAAAGUUGUCGUGGAACAAGAGUGUGCGUAUCAGUGUAAAACAACGGACCGUACCAGGUAUAUCCGCGACGACCGAACCAUUGUGUUGGCAGUCAGCCCAGCAAACGCGGACAUCACUACGUCAGAAGGCCUAAAGUACGCUCGCGUGUUCGAUCGCGAGGGCGUGCGGACUAUCGGAGUCCUGACAAAGCUGGACAUCAUGGACCAAGGAACCAAUGUACUUACUUCACUUCACCUGUUUUUCUUCGUUUUUUUCGAUUCAUUAGAUUCUUGCGUGUCGCGUAGGUGCGUCGACUGUGUCUUCACCCUUAGAAGGCGACAAAAAGUACGCUAUGGGUACGUAUUGUAAGAAAGUGAUUUAUUGUUCUCCGGAACCACUACAUCAGGCCAUUCGCAUGGUGAAGGGUGAAGAGGUGCAUUUACGCUUGGGCUUCAUUGGCGUGAAGAACCGGUCCAAGCAGGAUAUCAUGGAUAACAUGACGGUCGCAGAGGCCUUGAAGAUGGAGGAGCGGUGGUUUUCCGAGCACCCCACCUACGGGCGGGUAGAGCCGGGUUACUUUGGCACCAAGGCACUGAUCGAGCGGCUGAUGCGAGUCCUUUCCGUGCACAUUCGCUGGUUCUUACCGAAGAUAAAGCGGGAUGUGUUCGAUCUGCGCUCCAAAAUUGACGUGCGGCUGACCGAGUUGGGGGACGGGAUUCCGGAAGACUCUAACGUGAAGACGCAGCUCGUAUGGCGCGACAUCGCCUCCUUCUGCGAGAUGAUAGACAAUUCCAUAAAAGGUAUCGGGCAAUAAAAUUUCAGUUCCGCUACAAUGAAUUGAUGAAUGUGGCCCAGCAGGCAUUUUAGACGUAAGAGGAUUAUUGUUGACGGGUAGCCGGAGGUGGCACGAGGCACGCCGACUACAAGGAGCGGACUGAUAUUACACCACUUUCGAAGUAAACUCUAAGAAUCCAUGUAUGGGUGGUCCCAUGUUUUUUUUUGCCGCAGCACGAAUGAAGAAGGAGAUUUUGCUGCGUCGCACACAAACACAGGUAAGUAUGACCCGAAGCUCUCUGCCCUGAUAGAGAAGUACCAAUCAGAAAGCGACGAGGCGCCAUCCGUGGGGGCCCAGGUCAAAAGGAGGUUUUCUAAGUUCUUGGAGGAAAUCUACGAAGAGGACAUCACAAAAGACCUCACAGGUAAGUACCAGAGUAAUGCUUAUGCUUUGCUUUUUCAUUCUGAAAAGUUCCGAACACGAAGAUCGAUGAUGUGUUUUUUCACCAACUUUCUUCACGCAGGAGCGAAUGUUUUUCACGUACCGCAUGCAAGCCAGCGUGGUUGUUCGAUCAGGAAUUCUCAAACUUUGAGUUUGCUAGUCCGGAAACGCGUUUUUAAGCAAAAAAUUCGCAACCAGAUGACGACAUCAACCAGAGUUUACGCAACCUGGAGGGUGACGCACUCCCCGGGUUUCCCAGUCCCGAUACGUUUGAGAUGCUGAUUUCGUCGCACCUCAGCAAGCUGCUGCAACCCUCGCUGGACUGCCUGGCGGACACGGUGCAGUGCAUGUCGGGCCUGGCGCACCGCGUGUCUCUGCUCGUUUUUUACCGCUUCCCCGAGCUGGGCGAGAAGGUGUUCGAGCUCUCCAACCGGAUUAUUGACGAGGAGCGGCUUAAGACAAAAGCCAUCGUCGAGGACGCGGUCAACAGCGCAACAGGUAUGUUUUGAUGUGAAAUAUUUUUAAACCAGGAGGACAAAUUUUUGAUUUUUUCCUAGACCUUUACCUUUACCCAUUCACUCACGACAGGUUAUUUUUUCACAAAUGACGACCUGUAUCUGAUCGCGCACGGUGCGAUGCAACCCACGGCUGGCGGUUCUGGGGGCGGCGGCACCGCUGCGGACAUCGCAAAUCGGCAGGCGGCAGAGAUGCAGGAGGAAGCAGAAGAUCCCAACGUGGGCGGGUACUACAAAAUGAAGGACAACAUGUCGCAGAAGUAUGCCGAGGCCAAAGCUUACCUCACCGGCAACAAAACCAAAAAUUUCCAGUCGAAGUACAGUCAGGCCUUUCUUCGCGACAUCCGAAACCGCCUGGAGGCCUACUUCAAACUGGUAUUUUGAUCGAGGUUUUUAUUGUGCUGCUCUAGAUGUCAGCAUUUGAUCGUUUUUGUCGUGUCCUCCCUUGUGAUAUCAAAUCUGAUAGGGCCGCUUGAGAGAAGCAUAGCCGCAUCCAUUUCAAGUUCUGCUUAGGUGGUGCGUUCGUUGCGGGAGGCAGUACCGAAGGCGAUUGGGUGUUUUCUAGUGCGGAGUUUCCAAGAGAAGUUGAAGUUGACGCUAACGCAGAACUUUCAGAGCUCCGAGAGCCUGGACAACAUUUUGUCCGAGCCCGCCCACAUCCUAUCAACUGUAAAAAUGUCUGGGUCUGGAAGAUUGCCAGGUUUGUCAUGCACAUUUUGCAUGACUCCUGAUGUCUGUGAUGCAUGCCCUAGCAUCACACAUUUUGUGAGGGCUUCCUGAUGCCUAUACCGCAUGACAAAUGCUCUUUCCGUAUAGCAAAACUUGGACUCUCUGCUGCUCAUGCAAUACAGAUUUUUUUAGAAUCCAAAAUCAGCAUCACAAGUUGGAUUCUUCCAGACCCAGACAUUUUUACAUUUGAUACAUCCGCGACGAGCGUAAGUCGCUGAUGGAGCAGAAAACCAUCAUCAAGAAGUAUUGAGAGGAAAAAUCCCCCCUCCCCAUAUUGAAAAGGUAUGUUUCCAGAAAUUUGUGUUGCGGAUUUGAGGUCACAAAUCACGUCUGUCUUGCAAGAAGACAAGGGCAGAAGCUUCCGCCCCAUUAUGGAAGCGAUUUGUCAUGCUGUUCGGGCUAAAGGGGGGCCGUUUGCCAUGCUGAACUACUAUACCCAUACGGCCCUGCCUCGCCUGGGGAUCUGGCCGCAGUGCCUCUGUGCAAUACAAAGCUGAUUUGUGGCCACAAAUCAGCAUCACAAAUUUCCGUUUUGAUAUGGGGAGGGGGGAUUUUUCAUUUUGAUAAGAAGGCGCACCAGGUGCUGUCGCGCGACAUCGAGAUGCAGCUCGGCGAAGCGGACCAGGGCCUCGACUCUUUGUACCAGGAACUGCUAUUCGGCCGCGCGAACGCGCGACAGUCCCCCUACACAGGGCCGCAAACCGCCGCAGCUCCGCCUCCAAUGGGCGGUGUACCGCGCGGAGGCAUGCCGGGGGGAGCACCGCAGCACCAGCACAUGCAGCAGCCUAUGGGAGGCGGUGGCGGCUUUGACCCAAUGCCCCGAGGAGGGCAGAUGAUGAACCAGUCGCAGUUCGGGCAGCAGCAGCCGGGGGUCCCCCCGCCACCGCCGCAGCAGCAGCAGCAGUUCCAGGCACAGCAGCACCAGCAGCAGCAGUUCCAGGCUCAGCAGCAACAGGCAGCCGCGGGCGGUCUGUUUGGUGCCCCGCCACAGCAGCAACAGCAGUUCGGCGGCGGGAAGCCGCAAAGUGCGGCAAACACUUUGUUCGGAAACGCGCCGGCGGCGGCGAACCGCGGCGGCGCCAACCUGUUCGAAGACGGACCCAGCCAGUCUUCGGGCAGAAAGCCGCCAAACGCCAGCCUGUUUGGGGACAACGCGAACGCGCGAUCCAAGGCAGCCGGACGCGCGCGCGACCCCCUCUUCUCCGGGUAGGCGGGCUGGCGAUGUCGCUGAACUUCAACUCUAGCUAUGUUCGGACCCCGAGCAGAGACCGUGGUGGUGAUACUUAGUUCGUUUGUUGUAUCUGAUACCUUUCGCUGCAGGUCCCCCCUGCUAUCUCACUUGUGUAGUGUGUUUGACAACAAGCAACCACACGACGAUUUUCCCAACCAACGCAGUGGUAUUAUCCACCCGGAAACAAAGAACUUCUUGCGUGUGUUUGAAGUUCUUUUGCCGUCUGCGUGGCAGCAUAGUAAACAAAAGUAGCACAGAACAAAACUCAUACCAAGUAUCUUAUAGCUAAUCAGCGACCUCAUGUAGUCCAUUUUUUACAAGCUUAAGCAAAGUCCAAAAAAUGGCAUCUCUGGGACGGAUCGGAAAAAACCUAAAUUCGAUCUGAACAACAUCCGACGUUCCAUGAACCGAUCGUAGAUUUUUAUAAACUUCGCAGCGAUUAGACUGAAAAGAAAAAAGC